GUAUGAAUCUGACCCAUGGGUUGGAAUCUCACCCUUACGCCUUCUACGUCACGUGUACCGGGGUAUCCAUCAUUAUGCUCUCAACCUUUGCCAAGUUUAGGCAGCACUACAGGGCCUUGUGGGCAGAUACUUCAAAUGCACAUAGCUUUAAGGUUUUGAAGAACUUCCUGACGUAUGUUGAUCAGCUGGAGGAACUGGUUACAAAGGAUAAGAUGGAGAUAACAGAGAAGGAGUUCAAGCAGGCCCUCGACAAGAUCACAGGGGACAAGGUUCCAGCUGAAGAAGCAGAGUUUAUAUUCCGAAUGUUUGACAAGAACAAGGACAGAAUGAUCAAUAGGAAUACGGAGCUUAAUAUACCAUCAACAGAUCAUAAACAGUAGCCUUCUUCACGAUCAUUGAGCUAGAGAUUAUAAAAAUAGAUAUUAUUCAUGAUCAUUGAGCGGGAGAUCAUGAGAAAUAGACAUUCUUCAUGAUCAGUGAGCUGGAGAUUAUAUACAGUUGAUAUUCUUCCUGAUCAUUGAGCUGGAGAUCAUAAGAAAUAGAUAUUAUUUAUGAUCAGUGAGCUGGAGAUCAUAAGAAAUAGAUAUUCUUCAUGAUCAGUGAGCUGGAGAUCAUAAGAAAUAGUUAUCAUUCACGAUCAUUGAGCUGGAGAUCAUAAGAAAUAGAUAUUCUUCAUGAUCAGUGAGCUGGAGAUCAUAAGAAAUAGAUAUUCUUCAUGAUCAUUGAGCUGGAGAUCACAAAAAUAGAUAUUCUUCAUGUUCAUUGAGCUGAAGAUCACAAAAAUAGAUAUUCUUCAUGAUCAUUGAGCUGAAGAUCACAAAAAUAGAUAUUCUUCAUGAUCAUUGAGCUGGAGAUCAUAAUUUAAACAAUCGAGUUUCGUUUAGAUUUAAAAAAAAGGAUCUCCAAAACGAAUAUCUAAACAAGAAACGAUUGUUUCGUUUUCAAAAACGAUUCCCACAAGUCAUUGAAGUGUUUCGACAUUUGUAAACUCAGAACUUCCGUAACCAGUGAAUGCUUAAGCCAAAUCUAAAAUUGUAUAUGACUUUUUCUCUUAAUUCUUUGACAAAUUUGAUGUAUUAAAAUAGCGAAUCAAAUACUCACACUAUCCAAAGACUGACUUUUCUAUGCAAACCUUCGGCAUCUACUAUAUAUGCUCAUUUUAUCCAUAUCAAUAAGUUUUUAAAAUCUUUGCAUUUUCUUUCUUAAAUGACACUCCAAUUCCAACUAUUCCAAUAUACAUUUGUUGGAACUGCUUACAUUAAUACUUUUUUGAUAAUCAUUAUGGUGUUUUGUAUUCUAAGAAUGCAAAUUUUCAAUUAUUUGACUGUAAUACAGUUUUUCACAUAAACCAGAACUUGAGAAUGGAUUAUAUUUUUAAGUAAAAAAAUGAAGAAAUAAAAUUUACGAGUUAAAUUCUCCCUGAAUUUGUGCAUGAACGCUUUUAGAGCGAAUAAAAGUCAUCAGGGACGUAUCCGGGCCCCGGGGUGUGGAGGGAAUGGGGGAUAAUAUAUUUGACCAACCCCCAACCCCCUUCCCCGUAAAUACUUUGUAUACGCCCCUGGUAUACAUUAUUAACUUGUGAAUAAAAUAUUCAAACUAUUGUUUUUAGUCAAAUAAUAUUGUAACUUACUAUCAUAAAUUAAGCAAUUGAAAAUUUUUAUUACGUCCUUUUUGGAAAAAGCUUAUUGUCUUUUUUAGCUGUAAAUUAUGCCGUAAAUUAUUGAACAAUACAAUCAAACUUUAAUACAGAA